AAAAAAAAAAAAAAAAAAAUCAAUGAGGCGUGAGAUAUGAAGCCCACAUAAUUUGAGGCACUUUGCGGGUGAUGAAACAACAGCCUUUAAAUUAGAUUGCUUUUUCUUCGUCUUCCCCCCUCCCCUCCCCCUCCCCUCUCUCUCGUGAACGCUCAGGGAAUAGUUUUAUGGUAAAUAUCAUGGGAAGGUUUCACAACCUUCUCAUUGGCUCAGAAGUCAGAGACCCCCCAUCAUAUAAAGGGAGUGUGCCUCAUCUAGCAGCCUUUUCCCGCUGGCAAGCGCGCUUUGGAUCACACUUGGACUUCAUCUAAAGGGAAAAUACCUUCUUUUUUUUUUUACGCGCCGAGUGCUUGGAGAGGCUGGAGAGGAGCGCACGCCGGCGAUCAAUUUUGACAAGGAGAAGAGUUAUACAGCCAACAGAGAAGCUGUGAGCUGAGGCGUCUGAGUGGACAUGUGGCUACUGGAGAAGCUCCGUAGCUCUGUGGAGAGUAGUGGGACCCAAUCCCAGCCGACGCAGACGACAGAGGCCAUUCCCGUCUCUGUUUACGCCAACGUCCUCACCCCAGACAAGAUCCCCGAUUUCUUCAUCCCCCCUAAACUCAUCUGUUGCCCCCCGGAGGAGUCUCUCACCUCAGAGCCCCAGCUCUGCUCCACCCUGCGACCCUCCUCCUCUGACCAUGCCAUCUGCAGCCAGAGCCCCAGAGCUCGGAGCAGCAAGAACCCCUGCAGCCCUCGCCUCUUUUGUCGCAACCUCCAGAAGUCAGCCAACCGUCACAUCAUCCAAAUAGAGAGCGCUGACGAACCGGGUGCCGGAUCUGCGGACAAGGCCAGUGUCGAAGUCAAUACUAACGCAGACCCCCAGUCACAGACUGCAAUGUCUCUGCCGUACGUCCCCAAGGCCCAGACCUCCUACGGCUUUUCCACCCUGGUGGAGUCUCCUCACACAAGACGCAAGGAGAGCCUGUUCCACAGCGACCCCAGCAGCCCGCUCACCUCCCCGAACUCACAGAGGCGCUCGCAGGGAGGGACUCUAUUGGCCCCGGCUGACCCCAACCCCUACCGCUACUUCAGCGGUGGAGAGAGUGACACCUGCUCCUCGGCAGAGUCGUCCCCUUUUAACUCCCCUCUCCUGUCCCGCUCUGCCUCUCUCCUACGCUCCAUCACCCAGGAGACGCAAGCCAAGAUGUCUCGUGCCAAGCGCUCCCUGGCGCGCCACAGCUCCCUCUCCACUGAUGAAUGCAGCUCAGCAGACAACAGCCCCAACAUGCAGCGCCGCCGCACGCGCUGCCCUCCCUCUCCCGCCUUCCGCGGACGCAAAAGCGGCGGCCCGAGGAGCGCCUCGGCGCACCUCCUGCAGCGCGAGCACACCGUCAAUCUCCACAAGGGGGGGACGCUGAGGCUGAGCACUCACUACGAUCCGGAGGCGGCCCGGCUGAGGGUGCGCGUGCUCGCGGCCGAGGCCCUGUACGACAGGCAGACGGAUCUUAAAAGCAUCAACUGCUGCGUGGCGCUCUACCUGAACCCCGGCAAGCAGCAGAAACAGAGGAGCACCAUCAUCAAGAACAGCAGGAACCCGGUAUUCAAUGAGGACUUUUUCUUUGACGCGCUGACCCAGGCGCAAGUAAAGAGCCUGGCCAUGAAGAUAAAGGUAGUGAACAAAGGAACCAGUCUGAAGAGAGACGUGCUUUUAGGAGAAAGGGAGGUGCUGCUCAGCGAGCUGCUGGAAGGCCUCUAGGGAGCCCUCCUCCUCCCCACCCCCACGUCAAUGAGCAGCUCCCCAUCUUCAAGGCCCUUUCUUCUCUGGCUGCCUUUUUAUCCUUCCUCACAGAUCCGAUAAAUACCGGACAGGUGAGAAGCAUGGUGAUGACAAGGGAUGUCACAUCUCGCACACUGUGUUAUGUACAUAAAUGGACACAAAACCGAGGUGUCUGUAAAGUGGAAAAGUCCCACUUCAUCAAGUCUCCAUCACUGGCUUUUUGCAGAAGUCAGUCCAGGUCAAACAAACAAACAAACAAACAAAC